UCAUCUUUAAAAGUGCCUCAAACAUCACAGCUUUCAUAGCAAGGAAAGAGAAAUAUGAUAGGGUUCAGUGAGAGACCAUGGCUCGUUGCUGUGCUACUGAUGAUUUCAGUCGUGCAGUGCGCCAACGUGGCUCUAGGAUCACAGCAAGUACCAGCGAUGUUUGUCUUUGGAGACUCGAUAGUCGAUGUCGGGAACAAUAAUUACCUCAACUCCUAUGCCAAAUGCAAUUACCCUCCUUAUGGUAUUGACUACCCUACUGGACCUUCUGGUAGAUUUUGUAACGGGAAGAACAUCGCCGACAUGCUUGGAGACCUGCUGGGUUUGCCGAGUCCUCCGGCUUAUGCCAAUCCGUCCACAACUGGAGCAAAAGUCCUAGGGGGAGUAAAUUAUGCAUCUGCGGCUGGGGGCAUACUCGAUGAGUCAGGCCGACACUACGGAGAAAGGUACAGCCUGAGCCAGCAAGUUCUGAACUUUGAGAACACCCUGAAUCAAGUGAGAACAAUGCUGAGUGGAACGGCUUUGAGCCAAUACCUCGAGAAAUCCAUCGCCGUCAUGGUCAUUGGCAGCAACGACUACAUCAACAACUACCUCAUGCCUUCUAUGUACUCUUCCAGCUACAUUUACACUCCCCAGGCCUAUGGGAACCUCCUUCUCAACCGCUACGCUCGACAGAUUCUGGCACUGAACAGUCUAGGACUGAGGAAGUUUCUAGCAGGAAUCGCACCGCUCGGCUGCAUCCCAAACCAGAGGGCCAGCGGCCGAUCCCCCCCAGACCGAUGCGUCGACUCAGUAAACCAGAUGCUCGGGACCUUCAACGAGGGGCUCAGGUCGCUCGUGCAGCAGCUGAACAGCAACCACCCGGGCUCAAUCUUUUUAUACGGAAACACCUAUGGCGCCAUGGGUGACAUCCUAAACAAUCCGGCUGCAUACGGGUUCAGUGUCGUGGACAAGGCAUGCUGUGGAAUAGGAAGGAACCAAGGCGAGAUAACGUGCGCUCCAUUCCUAACGCCGUGCGCCGACACGAACCAACACGUGUUCUGGGACGCGUAUCACCUGACGCAGGCCGCUAAUUCGGUUCUCGUCCAGAGGGCUUUCUAUGGUCCGCAGUCGGACUGUUACCCGAUCAACAUCCAGCAAAUGGCUCAGCUCUAGCUCAGCUCAUUUGGCUUUCUGGGUUCUGCUUGUGUUUGUUCUUUUUAGAUUUUACCAAGUAUAUGUGCAAA